UGUGAGACUAUUAGUAUUACUGGAGCCUGAGAGGUGAGUUGCUGCUGCCCAGGAGAAGUCUACCAGAAAGAAGCUGCAGCAGAACAUUAAACAGACUUGGGACUGAACUUCGGACAUUAAACACUCUUUAUUUGAGUAAGGAGCAGAGUUAAACUCAUCAUCAAGAUUGUCAGCAACAUCAAGAUAUCAAUAUUGUUGCUGUCUCUCAUAAGGAUGAAUGAAAGACUCACUUUAACCAGACUGAAGGGUGACAUGAGUUGGUGUGGAACAGUCUUGUUUUCACACUAUUGGAUCAAUCAGUUGUUGGACCUUUGAGAGAGCACUUAUUCCCAGAGACUUACCAGGGCUGCAGUCAUGUCAAACUCCCAGGAGCAGAGCCUGGAUGAGGAUGUGGUGUUCCUGCCGGUUGAUGAGUCUGCCCCAGAGUUCCUCCACUGUGAGAAGGAGCGUCAAGCAGUGGAGAGACUCAUAAGUGCAGGACCAGAGGCCUUCUACAGCGCCAUCGGCACGGAGCGCUCUGGCUGCUUCCUGUCAUCCGAAGAGGUCAGCCAGAUAACAACCUGGGCUCAGGACUAUCGCUUCAAUCCACCUCAGGUGCAAAGACUCGAGAAUGGAGAAGAAGGCGGUUCAGACAUGAAGGACUUCUGUUCAACGUACUUCCCUUCCCACUCGGACGUACCACUUCCAGACCUGGAGCUGGGCUGGCCUGAGAAAAGCCCCUGGGUUCCAAAGGGAAGUAUUACAGUCCACACCAAUCCUCCUGCUGAGGGAGAACCUCCUGUCAGAGAAGUCAUUAGACGGCACCUACAGAAAGCCAUUCAAGUGAUUGCCAUUGUGACAGACAGAUUGACAGAUGGGGCAAUAAUUGGGGAUUUACACAAUGCCGCCUCAAGAGGAGUCCCUGUUUACAUCAUCCUGAACCAAAGGUCCAUUCAGGAGAACUUCACGCUCAACAGGCUCCGUCAUCCGAACAUGCGGGUUCGUGUGCUUGGAGGGAAAACCUUCUGUUCAAGGGUAGGAAGAAUGGUGGUCGGGGAAAUGAAAGACAAGUUUCUCCUGGUGGAUUUAGAGACAGUGAUUCAUGGAAGCUGCAGCCUCACAUGGACUGACGCCCACCUGCACCGACAGCUCAUCACUGUCCUGCAAGGCCCAGUCACCGACUCAUUUGACAGAGAGUUCAGGAUCCUUUUUGCUGCUUCCCUUCCAGUUUCAGACACAUGGAGGGUUGCAGGAACUCACGUAGAUGUGGCCCAUCAGCUAAAAGACUUCUCACAUCACAGGUUUCAAAAACAGCUCUCUUGGGAGCGUGAGAUAACCAGCCCCCCUUCCCCACCUGCUGAUUCCCUCCUGGACUGGGAAGCCAUGGGGGUUAUUCAGAGAAACUCCUUCUACCCGGACAGCCCUUUUGAUCAACAUGAGGAAAUUUUGGUCGAGGAGAUAUCAAUGCAGAACAACAUGCUGUUUGCCAACACACCCAUUGUGGACAAUUUUACUAACAAUGGAGACCAAUCCAUGGAUAAGAAAAGAGUCAGUAAAAUCACCUCCCCAGUGACAAACAAUAUGCCUGAAAAGUCAUUAUCUUUCAGGGAUCCUGAUUAUUUUCACAGCAACACACAGCUCUCAAAAACAGACCUGAGAUCCCCAGAAAGAAUGAAAAGGGUGGAACGAGACAUAGAAAAAGGCCUUUCCAGGCAAUUCUCUGCAGAGAAGAACUCAAAUCCAUAUGACAAAACAAGACUUGAUGAUAAAGCAAAAGAGCCAGCACACAUAAUGGUGACACCUUCACCUUCUCAGAUAAGAGAGUGCUUAAGAAGGGAGUCCUUCUUGGAAGAAGAGAGGAGAGCAAACGAAAAAAGUUCCAAAGUGGAGAACACCCCAUCCUCCAGAAAACCUUUAAUACUGAGGGUGCCGCAGUCUGAGAGCUUCAGCUCACUCAGUGACAUUAUGAAGAGGAUUCAGCUUCAGGAGAGCUCUUCAGGUCGGCUCAGUAGAGGAUCGAAGGCCGCCGUGUCAGAGAUGAGCCGGUCCAUGAUGGAUCUGAGUGUACAUAACGCAGAUACAAAUCAUGAUGAGAGAGGAGUCCCGGUGCCUCGGUUCAAGGCCAGUUGCUUUGACCCGGGUCACAUAACACCAGCUUCCUCCCUGAUGAAGAACAGGAGCGAUGACUUGAAACCUUUAUUAUACAGGACUCCGACCAACUUUCUACCAAGACAGAGGCCUCGCAGCUCCAGUUAUGCCCUCAAUAUGGACUGGAGGAGGUCACUUGCAGAGAUGAAAAGUGAACAGGAAUGAGCAGCACAAGAAAUAAGAAGAUGAACUAUCAAUGAGUGCAACAUCGUCAACAUCUUUGUUAAGGAAAUGUGGCUGCCAGCGGUGGAUACUUAAGAACCUCCGAUGUGUAAUUUACACUGAUUAAGCCUAAAACAAACAGUGACAGUGACUCUAAAAAAACAUUGUUAAUAAUAGGAUGUGUUCUGGUUGUUGUGGUCUGUUGAUUUGAUGUCCCACUUAAUUUGCUGUUUCACUCUUGUUUCCAUGCUUUAUUUCACAAUGUAUUUAAAUGACUCAAAUUGUUUCUGUAAACGCUGCUCAUCAUAACUACCAAAAAAGUUUAAAAUAACUUGUUGUUAUUAUUUGUUUCAUAUAAAACCAACUUACACCUCUAAAAGAAUAAAAACAAGAAAGACAAGAUAGUGUACAUUAGAUUUGAGAUUGACACUCUUUUUUAUGUUGUUUACUUACAAAAUAACAUAUUGAGGAAUUUCUCCAAAAAUGUAAAAACAAGUGAUUGGUAUUUGUUGUUGCAUCAAAAAGAAGAAAUCAGUUGUGAAGGUAUAGGCCUACAUCAAAGACAAAUAGAUCAUGUCAUUUCUUUUUUUCUGGGAUUUUGGGAGCAUGAAGUUACCAUUUUAUGAUUUAAUGUGUUUUUUUUAAAUCCAACAAAAACCAAUAGGCUACUUUCAUGGAAGUGCAGCCUAUACUUUUACAUCACUGAUAAAUAAAUCUGUUCCCCAAAGAUAUUAAUUUGUGACACACUUGAAAUAGGGCUUCAAAUUUGAAAUGUAGGGGGGGCUAUUAACAAAAUCAUGAAUUUGAU